AUGGACCGUCUCCCCGACAAACUGCCCUUCUCCAAGCGGCGCUUGGAGCAGCGGAUCAUUCUCUCAUACAUUUUUGACUACGUCAUCCUAAUCGCGUGUAUUGGAGGCUUCUAUGUGCUCGACUCCAUCGAACCAUUCCACCAGCACUUCUCGUUGCGUAACAUCUCCAUUCAGUACCCCUAUGCCGUCCAUGAACAUAUUACGAUCCAAGAAGCCCUAUGCAUCUCCGGUCUCGCGCCUUUGGUCAUCAUCGCCGUCUAUACUAUUUUCAUCGAUGGAAUCUUUUCGCACCAUAAACCGCUGGAUCCGGUGUCGGGGAAAAGAAAGUUCACGGGCCCAUACCGGUGGAAGGAUCGACUGUGGGAGCUCAAUUGUGGCAUUCUGGGUCUCCUGCUUUCACAAGGGCUGGCUUUUGUGAUCACCCAGGUCCUCAAGAACGCCUGUGGAAAGCCACGACCCGAUUUUAUAGAUCGGUGUCAGCCGCGCGCAGGAAGCCAUGACGCGAUCCCGGGACUGUCGAACUCUACUAUCUGUACAGGCGAGCAUGCGCUUAUCAAGGACGGUUUCCGUUCGUGGCCUUCAGCAUCAUUUGCGGGAUUAUUCUAUCUAUCACUCUGGAUGAGCGGAAAGUUGCACAUAAUGGACAAUCGGGGUGAGGCCUGGAAAACACUCUUGGUCAUGAUUCCAUGCCUUGCAGCAACCUUGGUAGCUGUGACCCGCAUCAUGGACGCCAGACACCAUCCCUUCGACGUCAUCAGCGGCUCCCUCCUCGGGAUUAUCUGCGCCUGUAUCUCGUACCGUCAGUAUUUCCCGUCCCUCAGCGAGCCUUGGAAGAAGGGACGCGCACACCCAAUCCGGACAUGGGGCCGGGAUCCAGUACCGCCCGUCCCUCUGGCGGGUCCCGACGGAAGCCUGGUCGCUCUGCGAAAUCCCGAGGAAGAGACCGCCCAGUCGAAGGCCAUGGGCGUUGCUCCAGGCGAGCCGUUAUACCCAGCGGAGUCCAACCCAUACACCUCGAGCAGGUACAACUACCGGCGAUCCCAGGACGGGAACUGGUCGUCCUCUAGCGAGGAUGUCGCAUCUGGCUAUGAAAUGCAGCCGGGGUAUUCUCGCACCCAGAACCCUGCGUUGGGUGAACCUAUGGCGCGAUACGAUAUUGACACGGCGUAUCGCUCCCAACCGCAAGAGGCGGUCCCUGGCGCCUCUGCUCCACAAGCCCCGGCGGUGACGGUGACCGCCCAUUCAGAUCGGGGGCGGGAUUUGACGGACGUUCCAUAUCGAGAAGCAUUAUGA